UUGAACUCGGAUCAGGUGGAAAGUCAGCUGACUUUUGCACAAGCAGGAAGGGGAAGUCGCAGACUAGUCAUGUCAAACAGUUAAUAUAUUUUUGUGCGUUUCUUUUAUUUAAUAGACGAAGGCUUCAAACUUUUACAGAAUGUUCGUUGGGGACGAUGAGGACGGAGACUUCUUGUCUCCCACAGGAGGGGCCAAGCUGGCUUCCCUGUUUGGAUUAGACCAGGAAACCAGUCAGGGGAAUGAGUCAUUCCAGUACACAGCCCCCAAACAGCCUAGAAAGAGCUCCAACCAAGCUCCAUCCAAUCAGAAGCCAGUUCCACAACCUGGAGCUCCAGCAGUAUUAUUUGCAACAGCAGUCCAAGCCUUCAGAUAUAUUAAUGGACAGUACAUGAAGCAGGGAAAGCUGGGAGCUGCUGUGCUGGGCAACCAUACAACAAAAGAGUACAAGCUGCUUCUGUACUUAAGCCAGCAGAAACAAGUAACCUCUGCCAAGAUUAAUGUGGGCUUUGCUUUCACGGUACAGCAAAACAAUUAUUGCACUUUUUAUGAUGACCAGAGGCAGAACUGGUCCCUUAUGUUUGAGUCAGAGAAAUUAUCUUCAGACUUCUGCAAAGAGGUAUGUUUAGCAAAAGUGAACAGCGCUGCAACUUUAGAUGUGGUGGUACUCCAGGAUCUGAGUCUUGGUGAGGGCCAGUCAGUGGAGAAUGGAGACUCUGUGGAGGUGGUGUACACAGGCUGGCUUUUGGAGAACCACACUUUUGGACAGAUGUUUGACUCCAACCAAAACAAAGACAAGCUGCUGCGACUGAAGAUUGGAGCUGGGAAAGUGAUCAGAGGCUGGGAGGAAGGGAUGCUGGGGAUGAAGAAGGUAGGCCGUCGUCUCAUUGUCAUCCCACCCGAUUUAGCUUACGGAUCUAAGGGUGUCCCUAACCGUGUCCCGGCUAACAGCACUCUUAUCUUUGAAGCGGAGCUUCGACGGGUGAAGUUCUCAAAGGAAAGUGGCUCUGAUCAGGCGAGUGCUGGCUCCAGAGACUCUGCUGCUCCUUCCCCAGCCCUCAGUAUUGAAAAUCUGGUCCCAGAGCCCUCAGCACAGGCACCCUCUUCAGGUUCAGGAAGACCAGGGGAGCCACCACUUCGUGCAAAGUCAAACUCUCUGAGUGAGCAGCUGGCUAAUCCAGAUGCCACUAAAGCCAAACUGAUUUCUCGGAUGGCAAAAAUGGGCCAGCCCAUGCUGCCUUUUCUAACAGGAGCGGCCAGCCAGCCUGAAUCCAGUGACUCUGAGCUUGAGGACACCAGUGGCAGCAGAGCAAAGGAUCAUCCCGUAGUUUCAUCUCCAGUGCCGAUCACCACUGCUCCUGCAGCUGCUGCACAUGUACAUCCUCAUCCUCAUGCUGCUCCAACCUCCGCCUUACUUCCUGUUAUGAGCACUGUUACCGCACAGCCUGGACUGCCAACCAGCAGCCAUGUGUUCCAGACUCCUCUGGCUCCAUCUCCACUGCAGCCUGUGGGCCAGGUCUACCCUGCACCAGCUGUCCCAUACAUGGGCUCUGGGGAUGUGACUUCCUUCUUGAUGACUGAGGCCAGACAGCAUAACACAGAGAUUCGCUUAGCUGUCGGAAAAGUAGGAGAUAAAGUGGAUCAGCUGGCUUCAAAGAUCGAUGAUCUUCAUAGGCAGGGGGGCCUUUCCACAGGUUUGUCUACUGUGUCGAUGGAAACCUCCAUGAUCUUGCACAAUAUCCAAAGAAUUGUUCAGGAAAAUGAGUGUUUAAAAAAAGAAGUGUUUGAGAAAAGUUCUCGCAUUGAGGAGCAAAACCGUAAGAUCGGAGAUCUCAUCAACCAGAACCAGAGGUAUAUGGAGCAGAGUCACCUGAUGCUGGAACAGAGGAAUGACUCCCUCAAGUCAUCCAGUGAACAGAACCAGGCGAGACUGCUGCAGGCUGAGCAGGACAAGGUUCGUCUAACAGAGGACCUGGCUUCAGCGGCAGCGCGGGUGUCUCAGCUACAGCUUGAAGCUUCAGCUCACCAGCAGAAGGCCGCAGAGCUGCAGGGUAAACUGAGCACAGCACUGCAGGACAGUGAGAGCUGCUGCCAACGCAUCGCUGCCCUGGAAGCACAGCUGGAAGAGCUGAAGGAGGAGGCAGAGAGGGUUCAGACUCAGUACCGCUCAGAGAAACAAAGACGCAAAGAGACAGAGCUGAAAGUGAACACCAUGGAAGAGGAGCUGCAGGACCUGAAGACUGACAAGGAGAGCCUAGAACGAGUGCUUUCAGAAAGAAAGAAGAAAUGGCAGGCGGAGCGUCAGCGUCGGGAUGAGGAGGUGGAGGAGCUCCGCAAGAGCAGCCAGCAGGAGCUAGACAACCUCCGAACUCAACUUCGCAAGGCCAGGACUAGCAGUGACAAUGCUGCAUCGGAACAGCUGUCUCAGCUGCAGGCAGAGCUUGAGCAGGAAUGGAAGAGCAAGUGUUCCCAGAUGUUGGCUUCAGCUAAAGAGCAGCACAGCAGAGAGCUGGCUGAACUAACAGAGCAGAGAGAGGGUCUGCAGGACAAGUUAACCCAGCUGCAGGAAAAGUUUACAGCUCUGAAGCAACUGAGAGACUCAGAAGAACAUAGUCUGCUGCAGCAACACAAGCAGAAUGAGGAGUUGCACGCCCUUCAGGAAAAAUACUCAGCCUUGGAGCAGCAGGGAGUGACUGUAAGACAGAAGUUGCAAAGACGAGUGGCAGAACUGGAGAGCAAACUGGAAGAGCAGGAGCAUUCCGGAGACACUGCAGCAGAGGUGAAGCGUGUGAUGAACGGAGUGUUCCACUCACUGCGAGGGGAGUUUGAUCUCACUGAAUCGUACACCGGCCAGGCUGUGCUGGGGGUGAUUGUCACUACCAUUAAGAAUGUAACUCUGCAGCUCCUUAGUGCCAAAGGCGGGUCUGCAACAAGACCAAUUGCAAAAGAUGAGGAAACAGAGGAGGAAGAGGAGAAAGAGGAGCUUGAAAAUGUGAAACAACAGGAAGAAGAACCUCAUCAUAAUGUGCACAUAAAUGGAGAGACAGAGGUCAGAAAGGAAGAGAAGGAGGAGGAAUAUGUGGCUGAUUCAGAUUCUCAUCAAGUCAGGGAGACUCGGAAGGAUCAGGAAGAAGCAGCCGAGGAGACGGUGAGCGAGUUAAACACAACAACUAAGGCAGAACAUUCAGAAAGCACAGAUAUCCAUCCAGUUUCAAUGACUGAACUCGAAUCUGAAGAGAUGACAAUAACGGCAGCACCAGCAGCAGAGUGCGAGGUACAGGAGGAGGAGGGGCAGCAACCUGCUUCUGAAAGCUCUGCAGAAGAUAAAGACACCAGCAAGUCUAUGGAUCCAGAUGAGCGUUCACCUGAGGAUGGGCAAGAUGCUGUAUCAGAAACAAAUGCUGCAGUGACCAGCGAGGCAUGCGUGGACAGCUUGGAAGAGGAUGGACAGCAUGUAGGAGAAAUAAAUGCUGCUUCUCAGAAAGCCUUUGGACCCCCAUCCAACCCACCUCCACCACCGAGUGCACUUCAGAACACCUCGGGAGAGGACACAAGUCUGACUGGGAGAAUUGAUGAGGAAAAUGGAGAGGAGCCAUUUUUCCAGAACACAACUCCUGCCAAUCCCCCCGCAGCACCCAGCGAGGAGGAAGAGGAAGAGGAGAUGAGCCUAAAGGGGCGUCCACCACCUGCUCCUCUGUUUGGUGAUGAUGAGGAUGAUGAUGAUCUGGACUGGUUGAACUGACAUGGAACCAGAACACUAUUAGUCUGCGUCUUUUAAUUUUCAAAGCUACAAACACUGCAAGGUGUACCAGCUGUGUCUCCACGGUAGAGCCGUGAAGGCGAAAGAGAAGCUUCUGCUGAUGGACUGGGCAGAGGACGGUCAGCCUAGCUCUGCAGCUCUGUGUGAUCCUGGCCAUUGAUCGGCUGCUGCAGACAAAGCAAAGAUUCAGUCUUGAAAGCCUGUAAUUAGAGGAAUCUAAUGAAAUACCUUUCUGUACUUGUUUAAUAACAGUUGAUGAUGCAAUCAGUUCAGUCCCAGAUUUUAAUGUGGCAGAUUCGCUUGCAGGAAUAAAUGAUUUCAGACUGUACUAACUUAGUUUUUAAUCACAGUUUUAAAAACUGAACUUUUACAUACUUUUGUUAAGCUGAUAUUAAUUUCAAAAAAUAAAUGAUCAGAGAUAUGUGGCCUUUAUUGAC